CAUUGGCUGAGGAGGGGACUUGACAGGAAGUACUUAGUCGAGCUCAGACAUGUGGAGGUGUUAUUUCUGCCCCUGGCACGUUGUGGCUGAGCAAAGAAGGCAGGAAGUACCUUGCUUGGCAUCUUUGAGGCCUACCGUAACCUUGUCGGCCGCUCCGAGUAGUAGCCUAACCUACUACCUAAGCCCUUAACUCGGUAGGUAGCCCGAGAUACACCGAUGUGGGCACACCAGUGUUGGGCUAGCCUGACGAUUAUCCAUUUCUGUCAGCUAAGAGAAACCAGUUUCUUUCAGUCGGAAAAAACUGCAGAAGAUGAGAUGUGACUGGCCUUUUGGAGCAAGUGAUAACGUGUCACAAUGGGAAACAAAAACAGCUGUUGUGUUUACCCAGGAGGCCGAAGUUCGGGUCGUUCUGCCUCCAGUCAGAAGGGCCCUGGUGCAGGUUCCGGUGAGCCCCAUCCAGAGGAAGUGUCAGAAGAGCACAUAUGUAACCUACAACAUAUUAGUGAAAGAGAGCCUGAUGAUUUGGAUCAAGACCCGAGUCUGCAUCCUACGGCGGGGCCUCUUUUUCUUAUAAAAUCUAAGCAAAUAAUUGAAAAUGGACUAGUCAGAAGAAGGAGUAGAAGUACACUGGAUGAUGGUCGAACCCUUAAGAAAUCCUCUUCAUGUUCUACGAUAUACUUGGAUGACUCCACAGUUUCUCAGCCUAAUCUUAAAAACACAAUAAAGUGUGUUGCACUUGCAAUAUGCUAUCACAUAAGAAAUCGUGCCGAUAAUCGUAUUCUUGAUAUAUUUGAUGAGAAAUUACAUCCUUUAACAAAGGAUGGUGUCCCAGCAGAUUAUGACAGGCAUAACCCUGAGCAUCGUCACAUUUACAAAUUUGUGCGUACUUUAUUUAAUGCAGCACAGCUGACUGCUGAAUGUGCAAUUAUUACGUUAGUGUACCUUGAAAGAUUACUGACCUAUGCUGAUAUUGACAUGACACCAGGAACCUGGAAGCGCAUUGUGCUUGGUGCUAUUAUCCUUGCCAGCAAAGUCUGGGAUGAUCAGGCUGUGUGGAAUGUCGACUAUUGCCAAAUACUUAAGGACAUAUCUGUUGAUGACAUGAAUGAGUUGGAACGUCAGUACUUAGUCAUGAUCCAGUUCAACAUCAAUGUACCGUCCUCCGUAUAUGCAAAGUAUUACUUCAGCUUACGGACCUUAGCUGAAGCGAAUGACCUAACGUUCCCAUCGGAGCCUCUAAGUAAAGAACGUGCACAGAAAUUAGAGGCAAUGUCAAGAAGUUGUGAAGAUAAAUAUGCUGCCCAAUUAGGAAGGAAUGGCCACAAGAAAUGGAGCAGUUUGGAUAACAUCCACAAUGCCUCCCGUCGUUCAGUAGCCAUCCUUUCAUGAUCUUGGGUCCAAAAUAGUAUUAACAAGCAAAGAGGAAUUUAAAUGCAGGGUUGGUGGCUCUUUUACCUGCUUUGAUGCACUCCUUAGUAGGUAUGGAAACCAGUGAAUGUGUGCAGUAUUGCCAUAUGUGCUGAUUUGGGACCAUGGGGUAAACUUUGAUCUGCACAUCACUUAUUUUGGGUAGUAGUUUUUUCUCUGGGAGAAUGAAAUUCAUUUCCAGUGAAAUUUAAUACUCCAGUGGAGAAGGGUAAGUCGUCUAUGUCAUUUUUGCUGGUCAUAGGGAGGUAACCUGUUGCUUGUACAGUGCCAGUGUUUGUAAAUAAAAGUUUUAAAAGAAAGUAGAUUUUCUAUUGAAGUCAGGAGUUAUUGAAGGGAUUUUGAUUAAAUGUAAGUUGUUGUUAUACAUGGGAAAAUAAGACUUUACUUUAUCUUUACAGCACAUGUAAUGACAUAGUCAUUCAGUAACAAGAUGGUGUCAGUAGACUAAAGUUUACCCCUUCAUAAUGGUUUCAGAUUUUCUAUUUUGGAUUUCGUAAGUGACUGGGUACGGAUUUUUUAAAGAAUCUUAAUUACAGAAACUGACGGUGAUAGUUUGUAUAACGAGCUGUUGUUUUGAGGUUUGCAUAGCUGACCACGGAAGAUAUUGAGCCUUGUUACCUUAUACAGUACACUUGGUCAGGAACAGAAUGACAGCAGUGAAAGCAUUUGUGAUGACAGAUAAUCAUUUAAAAAAAACAAACGAGCCAUUAUAUACUGUGAUGUGCCACUUCCUUGUGUCCCAGUUAUAAGCUGUUGCAUCUGUGUUAUGAUGAACUCUUUAUAACAUUGUUGUACUUCUUCAUGUAAUUAAGCAUAUUCAUAAUUCAUUAUAACAGCUUUUGUAGUUAGACAUAGUUUCUUCUAGAUUAUGUUUAUUAUCUGUUAUUUUAUUAAUUACUUAGUAUAAUGUGCGCAAGUGCAAUAUUGAAGUACAGUUCACCUGUAUCUUUCAAUUUUGACAGAAGGCACAUCCAUUCCUUAUGAAUGGUCUUGUUCGACUCAUGGUAAAGCUGUAUAGACUUUUUCUAGAUGUCCCAAUGUUUGAAAUUUUCAAUUCAACUUGCUAUUAGUGAUUUAUACAGGGGUUAGUAAAGUGCUUUACUGUACUUGUUCAUUCAUAUUUUUGAAUGAAAUAUCUAAGUGGUAUUUUUCUCUUACCCCAAGAAAUUUAUUGGAAGUAAGUUUGGAGUGAGACAUUUCAUCUUGGAAAUUUUAAACAUAAUGCGGGAUAUCUGAAAAUCAAUACACUUGUAACAAAUUCUUGUUCUAGAACAUAUGUGGUUGCCAUUAAAUAAAUAGUAUUUACAAUGGCAGUAAGGAUUCUGGAAUUUUCUCCAAGCAUUUUCUCACCACAGAAGUCUGUUAUAAAUUCCCUACCAAGCAGGAAGACAGAUUGAGGGUCUGUGAAAAUAGGAAGGAGAUUGUGUGGUGAGUGACUUGCGUCUGCUUGACUUUCAUAAAUCUCUUACUCUACUAAAUAGCAGUGCGGUAAUGGUUAUGUCAGGAUGGGGAACAUCAUAGCAUUACAGGUGUAUACCAUGUCAGUGAAUUACAUUUUUGUAUUUUAAAGUUAAAGGUGUAGAACUGAACAGUUGAAGGUGGCAGAGGUGCACAGUAAUUCCAUUGUAAUUACGAUUAUGUAAGAUGAUUUGUACUAAUUAUGGUUUGGAGGUAUCCUUCAUAUGAAUUUCCAAUUAUUUUUUCUAUGUAGAUUAAUGGUUUGUUAUUUUUAUUUAUUAUUGUGCUAAAGUUCUUACCCAUUUUGUUGCACUUAUACCUCACCUGGUAGAGCCAUACAGAAAAGUUUUAAAUUUCCUUUUGAAUGGCCUUGCUGAUAGAGAUCUUUAGAUCAGUACUCUUGGUUUGAUUCAUAGACUGUCUUGCAUAAAAUGAAUUUGGUUGGCAUCUUGAAAACAAUUUUUUUUUAAUUCUUCUUCUUUUGACUUGGAGUGUCUUCUGUUUAAAUGGCAAAAGGUUUAUCUCGAUCACACUGAAGUCUCUCUGCAAUCUAGUUAUUUACUGAAUAAUCAGUGCACAGCAAUGAAAAGUAGAAAAUAUUUUUUUUAUUACAGUGUGGUUAUUUAACACCUUGUAUAGGAAAUUUACUACCCCAACAUUGGGCCCUUAGCUCAUUUGAUUCAUAAUGACAGUUAACUGAAAAUGAUAAUGACUAAAUAAAAACAUGAAUUGUCAAUGCUUUGCUAAUAUUUGUAUUAAAAGUGACCAUUCAUGUUAUGGAGUUAAUAUAUCCAGCUAGUUUUCAUUUAGAUAUGGUUUAUCAUGAAAUUUUUCACAGAGGCUGUAGGGAAAAGUAACAAGGUUGAUAUUUUAAGUUUAUUACAUUUAUUCUGGUGUUCCAUGUCCGACUAAUAGAUUAUUUUUUUAUAUUCAGGUAAAUAAAGCCUCUGUAUGCAGUGCCCCAAUCAGGGGUCUGUUUAAACACAGAAUGUAGUGUAUCUCCAUCAUUAUAUUAUAUAUAUAAUAUAUCCCCCCCCCAGGUUAGCCCUAUGUAUUGAAGACCCUGAAUAAAAAAAGAUCUGAUUAGUCAGAGAAAAAAAAAAAACUAAACUCAAAUAAUACCGGGAAACCCUGAAGGAUCUUUUAAAAUAGUGUCUUGUGUUAAUAACUGCUAAAUAUAGAUGAAACUUUUCUAAUUCUAGGCCAUGCCUGCGAUCAAUGAACUGUUUUCUGACUGAUAACUUAAGAGGAGGAGAGUUUGGGGGUGGGGGGGAGUUAUACAAGUAAGCCUAGUACCAGCAUUGAAAAUAAAAUCAGAAAGGCAUGGAGGCUAUUUUAAUGGGAAAGAAAUUGAAUAUUUACAAAAAUGUAUUACUCCAGUUCAAAAUUGGUGCCCAAUGUGGAUGUGGUUGUUUUUACACCCAGGUAUUCUUGGUUGGAUUGAAAUUUUUUAUUUUAUUUUAUGAAUUUUACCUCCCCUAGGAAAAUAUUCACAUUACAUGUAUUACUUUAGAAAAAGCUCACACGUCUGAAAAAAAAAGUGAGUUAGUGGUAGGAAAAUUCGAACAUCAUCGGAUGUUGUGUCAUUGACUAGAUUAUAUGCUUUUUUAUAAAGAUGUUUCCCAUCUCAUGUCAGGUAAUAGCACAGGUAUAACUGAAAUUUACUGACUAACAUUGGCCUUGCAUCUGUUUAGGAUUGUAACAUUCAUACUGCCAUUACACAUAUGUAUUACUGGUGCAUCAAGUUUAUUGUUAAGAAUGCCAAUUUUCAUAUAUGGCAAGUAUCUUCUGUGUUGUAGCAGGCCUCUUUAGCUCACGUGAUGGAAAGAAAGUAUAGGGGAAGUUUGGUAUUACUGACUGUUUUUACUAAAUAUAAUCAUAGUUAAAAGUUUUUCAACUCCCUUCUGGGGUGCUGGAUACCAUGCUUUCCAUCUUGUUACCACUUGCUUUGCAUCUGGUUUAUUUCAUUGCUGUAACUUUCGACUGAAUAUCUUUCAAGGAACUUAUGGUAUUGAAAAGACAUAUAAUCCCAGGGGCCAGACUGUCGAAGUAAUGCUGACAUAACUGGUUGUUGCCUCUUGCAUAGUAUUUGUGUUAGUUUCAGACAAAUAAGACGACAGGAACACGUCACUGCGUAUUGUAAUAUUCGUCAUUUCCGCAAUGAGACAUAAUGGGCUGUGCUUCAUGUCAGUAGAACUUGAACACUGGCAUUUACUUCUUGAUUUUAUGGCAGACUUGUCACUUGCUGGCAAUGCAGUGUACAUAGUAUUGCUUUCAGGUGGUCAAAAGAGGAAAAUAUGUCGUGGAACUCCGUUUUAAAAAGCUGCUGCUUUAAGUUUGAAAAUCUCCAGAAUUACAAAUUUAGGAUGGGUAAGAUUCAUAUGCAUGGAUUGACUUGUUUUGGGUUUUUAACAGAACAUAAUUUUACUUUUAAUUAGUUUGAUGACCAUUAUCGGGUAUUUAAUAAAGUCUGUUUAUUUUAAUUAUGUAUUUUUGUGAAGUAACCAAAUCUGGGCCUUUUUAGAACAUAAUCCUGUGGUAUUUGUGGAGUGGUAAUGGUAAAAAGUACCUCUAGGAGCUUGCAUACUGGAGGACCAUGGAAAGCAAUCACAUUAAUGUUGGAAAUACGCUUAAAAAAUUUGUAACUAUACCGUACGAGAAAAUGGUCUUAUUUUAUCCCCACUUCCAUACUUCUUACAAUUAAGUGUUUAGUGGGAAUAUGCAAAAUUGAGCAGGAAUAUGACCAAGUGAAACACAUCUUUAAAUUUGCAAUUAGUUUUUUGUUCGUUUUAUGUGGAUACCAAGAAAGUCUUGCUUAAUUGGAAGAAAAAUUGGUGAUCAUUUUGCACAAAUAAUGGUGGUGGGAUUUCUGCAGUUUAUGAAAUUACAUACUCAUGGAAGCAGAACCUUUGGGGGACGCUCCAAUUUUAAUGAGCUUAAUUAAGAAUAUGGUGCAACCUGCAAAGUUCUCCAAGAAUUUGAUGCAUGUGUCAGAGGCUUAUUCAAAUUCUUCUAAAGAAGGAAACCAGUACAGAAUUAUGGCUUUGUUUAUCAUCUCGGAGUUUCUUUUGUCAGUGUCAUCUUUUAUUGUGCUUUAUGAAAAAUGAGUACUGUACUGUACCCUUUUUGUUAUACACUUUGUACUGCCUUUGUCAAAUGCUAAUUAGUGUAAGUUGUAUUCAAGCAUCAUCAAUCCUCCUUGCUAUGUAUGAUGAUUUCUGUCUGUGGAGUAUUAGUCAAGGUAUAAGUUUUCUGAGUAAUGCAAAUGUUACAUGGAGGUGAAAGUAUACUGAUGUGAUUAAUUCAUUAUAUGCAAUGCGUUUCAUCUUGAAUGGGAAAAAUGGAAUGGUUAGUGAAAUGCGGAAAUUACACAGAGUUCCUUGCUGGCAAGAAGCUUGAUAAUGUUUGUGUCUGUUGAGACUGACUUUACAUUUUUUAUCACAUUACUAUCUUAAAGCUUUUUUUUUUUUCUUUCUUUUUUCUUUUUUACCGGAAUGCAAAUAAACAGAAAAGGUAAGGCCUUAGUGAUAUAGAAUAUUCCCCGUGCUGACUCAUUAAGUAAUGUAAAGAUUGUGUUCAUUUUGUUUUAUGUAAACAAUUAUGUAACAAAAUGUGAUAAUUAGGUAUAUUAAUUUUAUCAUUAGAAUUAUCAAAGCUACAGUAUAAGAUUUUUUGGCAAUUACAUACACAUGUACGUAUGUAUAUAUAUUUGGAUAUCAACAUGCUAGCUGGUCACACAAGCCCUUGGCAGUCUCCAGUUUUGCAUGUUGCUAUUUAUUCCUCGUAUUUCCAUAUCAUUUUUUCCCUUGCAAACUUACUGCUUUUGCGACUACUGUAAACUCAAGUCCUGAUUUGGUGUCUGUUGUGGGUGGAAAUUAAUUUUACUGGUUUCAUGUCUCUGCUUAGUUCUGAUUGGCUUGUUAUAUACUAUACUAUUCACUUAGUGUAUAUAUAGUAUAUAUACAUACAUAUUGUGUAUGUUUAUGAAAGUAUAUAAAUGAAAACUUUAAAGCAUGGCAUUCUACAGUAUAUAAUAGCUGCUGUAUUCCGGAUGUUAUUGCAAUCAUUUUCAUACCAUUCAUUCUAAUUUCACAAUAGGAAAUGUAUAUAAUGUAUUUUAUAAUGAUUAACUUUGUCUUUAUACAUUGUUAAAAAGAGGUUGGGAGGUUGUCAUAACUGGCAGGUGUCUCAGUUAGACGGAUCUCACGUUUCAAUUGAAGGGCCUCACUACAGCCCAUCACCAACUGCCGUGACUUAAGCUUAAACAUUUAUCAGGUUAAGAUGAACUAUUUUACAUUGCAAAUCAUUAUACUCUCCUUAAUAGUUGCUUUGUCUUUAUACUUAACAAAGUUCACAUUUUUAUACAGUACCAUUCAGAGGUGGCUUCUUUUGAGAAGUGCAUUGGAUGUUGUUCAUAUCCCUGACUUGACGCUGUUCCUUUUUAUUAUUACUGAAGCUUUUCAGCUGGAUCUUUUUGCUGAAUUAGGUGAAAAGGUUUUUUUAUGGAAAUUAGGAUGUGUAUAUCAAUUCUUUUCUAAACGAUCAAAACUAGCUUUCUGUGUACUGUAUUGAUUAUAGUGGAAUCUCUCAAUUCAAGCAUAGUUUAGAUAGAAGCGUUUCAAAAAUUUAAAUAAUGUUCAUCUUCUUUCCGUUAGAUUAGAUUGUAAAUGGUCUUUUGGGUAAAUAUUUUUAUCGUUAUUGAGGAGAAAGUAAAUCUUUUUCAACUUUUCAUCCUUUAUCCAUGUUAAGGAUUCAGAUAAAUUCUUUUGUAAUGCUGUUAUUUUGAUUAUGGGAUUUAAGUACAUUUGUAAUUACACUUAAUUUUAUUUUUGAGUUGGAGAGAUUUAACUGUCAUUUGUAUGUUAAUCAUUUUUAGUUUGUAUAUUGUUUCAUUUGAAUUUAAUUUAAUUUUCCAGUUUAUCAAAAACAUAUUGUGGGAGUUUUUCUGUUGGAUCAUAAUGGAACCUUGUGUGCUUUUUGGGUUUGCUUCAUUAGAUACUAACUUCUAAAGGUACACAUCAGAAUAGUGAAUGUGGUUUUUUAUUGUUAUUCUUAUAGAUUUAAAACUGCAAAUUCCCCGCCCUACUCGUUGGUGUACCACAACUGUGGAAGCAGAAGUCAUUGUUCUCCACUGUGAUGACAACAGUCAGGAUGGUGGUCAUUCAGUUUCUUAUAAAGAUAAAGGGGCUCCAGCAUGAUCAGACAAUGGCUACAACUUUUAUUUAUUUAUUUUUUUUUGUGGCUUAUUACCCCAAAGGCAGCUAAUGCAGUUUUCUAAAUAUUGUACAUCAAGGGGAUUUCUUUCAGAUUGGACCAUAAUGCCCCUUAGUUUCUCCAGUCUGCCGAGGGCACUUAAUUCUCACAGCAUCAAACGUAGAACAAAGAAAAUAUAGCCUUUGUUAUUUUCCUUUUCAGCAUAUUAGACUUCUCUUUUUACAAGACUAAUGACUAACCCAAGUUUUUGUUCAGUGUAGUUAGGUUUAUGUUCAUUGUACAGUCAAUGGUGUACUAGUUUAUAGAGUUAACUGUAGUAUACCUAUCAUGUGAUUUCUUUUCCCGGGAUGGAGUUGGCCGUUUUGUUAUGUAGGUUAAUCUCUCGAUUGUGGAAUUCCAAGUAUGUAGUACUGGAUGUAACAAGCUAUCCAGUACAGCUGCCUAGGGGUGAGUGGUCACUGAACUGCUGAUGAAAGAAAUAGUUUAUUUAGAUUUGUUGAGUUUUAUUUUUAAAAAAUUGUUUUGAAUUCCAUUUUGAUCGUGAACAGUUUGUUUUCUUCUGCAAAAAUUAGUCAUGAUUAGUCAUUAAUUUUUAAAUAUAUAUCUUUUAUUAAAAUUCUGACACUGUAUAAAGUUGAGAAUAUAUAACCACUGUAUUUUUAUUAUCAGGAUCUCUCCCUGUUCAUCUAAUGUUAAGAAUUUUUUUUAUUUUUUAUUUAUAGGUGAAUAGGUUUUCAUUUUUAUAUUUUUUUAAUUUUCUGGUUCUAAGCUGUAGUUGUUUGUACAAUCAUUUCAUCAGUCAGCAUUUAGAUCAUUAAGGAAUUCUUUAGUGGUAUGGUAUUUCAUACUUUUCUGCAGACUUUUAUCCGUUGCCAAAUGUGAAGUAAUCUGUAAGUAUGGUUAUUUGAGCUGUGCAUAGCCUGUAUAAUCAUUUACAUUAGAUAAAAAGGUUAUAUGCAAAAUAUUUGAGUCUAAGUUGCAAUAAUAAAAACACUUUUGCUCAGAAAGAA